AUGCCGGCUGAAAUGUCGCAAGGGGAGACUUGGUGCGCUGUCGAAUGCCACCCUGCUUCAACCUUCGAGCGGAAACAAAGACGUCACUUCCGGCGCCACAAUCGAGCUUCCUUCGGCCACGGGCUGACUCUUGCGCCCGGAAAAGAUGCAGAAACGCACAAGUUUCUUGCUGCUUAUACUCGAAAAGACCCUCUUCCGGAAAAACGCCACUACGAACAGCCAGCUGGCUUCUUCGACAAGUAG